CACCGAAAACACUAAACACCAUGGACUCCUCCUCAGAACAAUUCUACGAGAUGUUCCAAGCCGAGCGACAAGCUCUCCAAACCCAAAUCGACAGUUUGUCAGUCCUAACCACCACCGAACGCCCCCCCGCAAUCGAACAAACCCUCGCACGCAUCGCACGUCUAAACAGCGAGUUUAACGGAGUUUCGACUCAGUUGGCGGGGUAUGAUAGGAAACAAUGCACGGAGCAACUCAAGAGCCUGAGUGAAUCUCUCACGCGUGCACAAACGAAACUCGCACCAAAACCGCGGUUUUCUUUCAAGAAUAGGGGCUCCAAAAUAUCCAGCUCAGCCAGUAAAGCAGCAGACACCGAAUCAGAAGGCGAAGGAAGCGGAUCAACACCUUCCCACCCUCGUCCGCCCGCAUUCACCACCUCCCUCCACAGCACCCUCCUCUCCUCCGAAUUCCACACCUACCUCACCCUCCCCACCCCCUCCCUCCCCGACAUCGACAUCGCAUCCCUAACAUCCUGCAUCAUCAACCUCCACCCCCUCCCCAACCCGCACGACACAUCCAACCCCAGCCGACCCCGAGCCCAUGCCGUCCUCACCGCCCGUGAACUACGGGAGUCCGUAGCACAUCUAGGCGAAGUCACAGGUCCAGCGCACUUGACCGGGAUUAGGGGGUGUACGCUGGCUGUGUCAUGUCACCAGUUUCGUAUGCACGAUAGUCAUGAUACGAUUAUCUACCUCCGCUGCGCAUCGAAACCCAUCAUCGAGAAUUGCUCUGGACUCCGGUUUGCGCCGUGGCCCUUUCCUACGUCAAACAACGCAGAUUUCAGUCCUAUGGUUGAUUUGUGGGACCAAGUGGAGGAUUUUAAUUGGCUGAAGAAACAGCAUAGCCCGCAUUGGUCUAUUCUUCCUGAAGAGGAGAGGAAGGUGAGAGAGGUUUGGGAGGAGGUUGUUACGUUGGGGGAGGAUGGGGAUGUUCAGGGGGGGUUGAGGAAACUCUUACCGGCGAAGGUAGAGUGAAAUGCAAUAAAUCAUAUUGUAACACACCGC